UUUCUCCUUACAGGAAGCAGGAGGAUCAGACUGGUGAAUGGGGCAGGUCACUGUGCUGGGAGAGUGGAGGUUUAUUACCAGGGCAUCUGGGGGACUGUCUGUGAUGAUUUCUGGGACUUGUCUGAUGCCAGCAUAGUUUGCCAACAGCUGGGAUGUGGACAUGCCAUUGUGGCAUCUGCCUCUGCUCGCUAUGGGGAAGGCUCAGGGCAGAUCUGGCUGGAUGAUGUGAAAUGCACUGGGAAUGAGUCGGAGCUCUGGGCAUGUCCUUCCAGGAGCUGGGGCCAGCACAACUGCCGACACAAAGAGGAUGCAGGAGUGCUCUGUUCAGAGUUCAUGGAUCUGAGGCUGGUGGAUGGUGAUGACUGUGCUGGACGGUUGGAAGUUUUCUACAAUGGGACAUGGGGAAGUGUUUGCUUCAGUCGAAUGACUGAUAUCACCAUUGAAAUUAUAUGCAAGCAGCUCAGCUGUGGAGUUGGAGGGGCACUUGCAAGAGCAUUUGCCUAUGGAGCAGGUUCUGGUCCCACAUGGCUGGACCACAUUGAGUGCUGUGAGCAUCACGGUUCCCUUUGGCAGUGCCCAUAAGAGCCAUGGGAUCUUCAGUCGUGCGAUGACCGGGUAGAAGAGACCCACAUUUCUUGCAGUGGAGGAAAAGAAAACAGUACACAAAACUCAUUUGCUGCAUGCUCAUCCUCUACAAACUGCACAGACAAGGAAAAGCUCUGCGUUGUGCAGGGAAAGGACGGAUGUUCAGGUAGAGUGGAGGUUUGGCAUCGCGGCUCCUGGGGAACAGUGUGUGAUGACUCCUGGGACAUGGCAGAUGCAGAAGUCGUGUGUAAACAACUGGGCUGUGGACCUGCUGUGUCUGCCCUGGGUGGAGCAGCAUUCGGGGAAGGGACUGGCCCCAUCUGUCUGGAGAAGUUGGACUGUCGAGGGACAGAGUCAUCUCUGUGGCACUGUCCUGCGAAGCACUGGGAGGACGGUAACUGCCACCAUAAAGAAGAUGCUGCUGUGAAUUGCUCUGGCAUAAUCAAUGAUGUGAAGCUGAUGAAUGGUAGCAGUCCAUGUGCUGGCAGAACAGAGGUAAAAUUUGGAGAUCACUGGAUGAAAAUAUGUUCUGCUGCUGCAUAUAUGAAACAGUUUGUGAUACUUUGCAAACAACUUGGGUAUGGCUCUGCAAUGAGUAUCCAUAUUGCCAGCCAUUUUGGGGAGGAUUCCAGACUCUACAUGGUUACAGGAUUUCUUUGUCAUGAAUCCCUUGAUUAG